AUGGAAAAACCAUACGGUGUUGCAGUGAUCAUUAAUAUCGAACAUUUUGAAGAAGAGUUUAAAUUCUCUAAACGAAAAGGCUCUCAUCGUGACGUAGCGAAUUUGGUACGCUUGUGGGGUGACUUUGACUUCCGUGUAAAGAUGGAUGCGGAUUCGACAACAGCUAACGAAAUCUACAUAUUUCUUCGUCAAGUAGCAAGUGAAAUCAAUACAAAUUCUAGCUGUUUCGUGUGCUGUAUUAUGACUCACGGUGAUAUGGGCGAGAUAUAUGGUUCAGAUGGCAAGCCUCUUGACAUUAAAUUUAUCACAAAUUUAUUUAAGGAAGACAUGUGUCCAGCGUUAGUCGGAAAGCCAAAGCUGUUUUUUAUUCAAGCUUGCAGACGAAGUAACAAAUUACGCGAUCACGCUAAGCCAGAAGUUAAAAACGAACAAGGCUCGAAAGUGGCAGCAGCGGGAUCACCAAAAGCCGUGGAUUCAGUCGCUGCAGCCAGUGAUGCCGAUUACGAGAGAAAAUUUCUUAAACGAGCAAAUCCAAACGAAAUUAAUUUUUUAAUUGGAUAUUCGACGGUGCCAGGUAACGUUUAACUGAACUCGUCCCAAGAGUCUUCCCUCUUGUGGAGGAAAAUCUUUCGUAGCGCCUGGUCAUGUGAUUUAUCAAAAACUAGCAGAAUUUUAUUGGAAAAUCAACACUUCUGCUCACAACAAAAUUCAACAAUAGUUGAAUGUAAUAACAUUACCACCCCUACCAAUUUUAUAUACGAAUUCAAAGUAAAAAUAUCCUAAAUUUUAACAGAUCACUUGACCAGCUCUUACCCCUGUACUUUCUUUCCUCUACAAGGGCAAGAUCUUGAUUGAGAGCCUCUUUUUCAACACGGGCACUGGAUUUCCAGAAAUGUCAGGUUAUAGUUGAGUUGACAUCGCUUUAUUCGCGAUAGUGGGAAAAAGAAUCAGCUAACUAGGCCGUUUAUCAACACAUAAAAUCAUAAAUCAUAUCAUAAAAUGAGGAAAGUUUAAGAAAUUCAAAAUAAACGCCAAUGUACUGAAUCUUUGCCCAAAACUCUCUGUUAUGCUGUCAUAUACUCAAUCAAGAACUAUUCGACUAGAAAGAGCCAGCUCCAUUACCGCUGCAUGUCUCGGACAGUGAACUGGAAAAUUCAAUUCAUUCAUUCCGUGUACGUUUACAGUCGAGUGCUUCUAAAUGCUGUAAUUUCUGUGUCUCUAAACCGGUAGAGUGCAAUCUUCAUAUUGCCUUUGGCCAGCGAACAUGUAACUCCCAUAAUUGUUCAGGUUAAAAACAUAGCCGUUAAGGUUUUACUUUGAAACAUGGUCUAUAUACAGUAAACCCGAUCGAACGGUGCCACGCAAAGGAAUCAAGCUUUUAAGAAGACGAUGUUAUGAUCGAUAAAAAGUAGCGAAUUAUCUGUCACUUAUCUUCGUUGAGUUUGUUCGGUCAACAAACUACAAUGAUACCAAAUAAAUUUCAUUAUUUGCUAAUUUACAGGAAUUUGAAUCCGUAAAGGAAUUUAGCGAAUAUUUGUGGCAUGGAGGCAGGUUUAGUUUAAAUUUCUGCAAUGAACUAUGCCAUUUAAAAGAACAAACCAAACCAUGGCAAUUUACUUUUAAUUGUAUUCCUUAGGGUACGUGAGCUACCGGGAUGUGGAUUAUGGAUCGUGGUAUACAGGU